UCCACGCGUCAAAACGAUGUGCGGCGAAGAUUGAUGACGAAUAACUUUACAGCUAUAACUCAAGCAAGAAAGAGAGGUUUCCUAAUUCCUAUAAAUUUGCAAGGGGUUACUCGACCCCUCUGGAAAUACACCAAUCAGACUCACACCAGGAUGAAGCCCACUUUCUCCUUCGUCUUCAUACUCUCCCUUCUUCUUCUGGUUUCUACCGCUAGCCAUGCCAGAAAAGAUCUCGAAGCCUACUGGGAGAAGAAGAUGACGGGACUGCCCAUGCCUGAACUGAUCAAAGAUCUUGUUCUUCAGAAUCAGCCGUCCGUGUCUGAUGCGGACAAAGAUCUUUUGGUGAGGGACUUCGAUGUGAAGCCUAACUCCUUCAUGUGGUUUCCCAUCGAAACUGAAGAAGAUGAGUCGGCUCAAUAAAUUAAUG